AUGAAUUUUAGAGAAAAGGUCUUUAAAAAAGAAAAUCCAAAAGAAGUAGUAUAUGAAGGAUAUGGGAAAAUAACUCAGGAAGUUAAAACGGAUAAUAGAGAAAAAACUUCUGUAUAUGAAGAUGAAAAUAAUUUAUCCAAGAAAUUGCCAUUUUUUAUGAACAAAAAUAAUAAGGAUAUAUAUAAUUUUUCAUUGAACAUUUCUGAAAAUGAUAUAAAUGUAUACUCUUUGUCUAAAUAUGUACAAACAUGUUUAAAUAUAAGUGUACCUAUAGCGAUUCGACUAACUUUAUUAUAUAUAUCUAAACAGAAGGAAUUGUUAAAGAAUUAUUUAAUUUCCAUUAUACACAUGAUUAAAGGUGUUACUGUUUUAAAAGUAGCAACAAAUGGAAAAUUAAAAAAAAGAACAUUAAAAUUUAGUUCAUAUAAUAUAACUAUACUAGGAUAUUGGUCAAGGAAAAUAUUAAAUUAUGAUGAAAUAACGCAAGUAAAUAUUGGAUCAUGUUGUACAACUGAAUUAUCUAUUUUUGAAAAAAGUUGCCCAAAUUAUGUAAAUCGAAUGAAUUAUAUAGUUAUAAGAACUUCAGGCAGAAGCUAUAGUUUUUUAUUUUUUUUAGAUGAUGAUAUAGUUAAAAUCAUAAAAGAGUUAUCUGUAUAUAAUAAAUUAUCAAAAAUAUUAAAAAAUGAUAAGUCUUGCUUAUACAUGAAUAAAAAAAAAAAAAAUUUUGAUGAAAAAAAUAAAAACCAAAUAGAAAGCAAUGAUAAUCGAGGCGUAUCAAAUACUAUAAAUUAUAUGAGAGAAAAAUUAGAAGAUUUUAGUGAUAGUGCUAUCAAUUUAAAAUAUUUUUUAUUAUCUAACAUCAAAUUUGCACAUAAAGAAAUUGUAAAUGUUAAUAGCAAAGAAGUAAAGGAAAUUCUCAAAAAAAAUAACAUGAUAUAUUUUGAUACAUAUGACUUUCAAAAUAAAAAAAUUAAUUCUUUAUUUUUAUUUUUGCAAAUAGUAUUAGAUAUAUAUGGGCCUGAUAUAUGGCUCACAUCCAAAUUUGACGAAAUUAUUUUUACACAUUUAAAUUGA